CGAUAAGAUAUGCCAAUGACAAUGACGCAGAUAUAGGGAGGUUGCAAUAGGGAAUCGUCUCUUCCGUCAACUGGAUAACAACAAUGGGUCGUUGGAGAACUCCAGCUGCAGGAAUUUGCAUUUGUUUAAUACUAAUUCUUGUUCUACUGACUAUUCUCUUUGUUGUAAUGUCUAAACAUCCAGAGUAUAGGACUGGGAUUGCAUCAACAGAUAUGAAAAUUAUGGAUAGAUUGUCAAAUGUAUGGUGCGGCUGGCAAGAAGUAUCAUCAUCUCAUCCUAUUUCUACUUAUCGUAUUACAGGAGAGCCUACCAUUCGGCGAAAUUUUAAUCGUCAUUAUCGAUUAAAUUUUACAAAAAAAUUACAUUUCGGUAAAGAAAGUCAGUUACAGUAUUUCUUUCUUCCGGGUUCUGCUGUCGAUAUUAGAGCUUGUACAAACAAAAAUGGGAUAUUUAUGCGGAUUUUCAAAAGUAUUCAAAAAUGGGAGGAUUGCUUACGAAUACGAAGAACGCAUUCAUUUCGUUCCGAGGAUUCGUCCAGUGAAGAAAGUGACGAAGACGAAGAUUUUGGUGAUCAUAUUAAGAAAUUUUGGAAAAAUCAAUCAAAGAAAAAAUUUAAUGAGAAUUUUCGAAAUUGGUAUCCAAGCGAAUGCAAGCAUUUUAAAUCUUUCAAAAUUCCAUUUAGUGCAAAAGCUUGUGAUUCUACAGCAUUAUCUUUUAGUGUCGACGAAAAAGAGACUUAUGUAUUUUCACUCGAAGAUUAUCAUUCUUCUUCUGAUGAAAGCCAAACUAAAAUUCAUGUGUUUCUUAACAGAACUACUUACGACAUUUACAGUAAUCCUCCAAUUUGUAAAAGUGCUUUUAGAUGUGAGGUCUCUUUGUCAUUCGGAUCAGAUAAUCGAGCUAUCAUAGUAGUAGAACCAGAGAACGAUGCCGGUGCUGUGUCUUAUACAGUCAUAUCUAGCUGUAAACCCAGAGUAUUUUUCUUCAUAUUACUUUUUGUCUUAAUACCACUUACUGUAUUAUUGUGCAUAGGAUGUACUAUAAUGCUCUGCAAAAAGCCAAAGUAUGUCAGUAAUGUUAAAUACGUUGAAAUAACUAGAGAAAAUAUACGUAGGACUCCUACUAUUCCUGCACCGCCUAAAAUUCCUUUGUUAGCAGGUUCCGAAGUAACUCUGUAUUCUAGGCCCAAUAUUAGAUUACCAUCAGAAUUAAUUUCUUCGCCACCUCCAUCUUAUUCUCAAUGCAGUGCUCCGCCAUCAUACACUUAUGUUACAUCAUUAGGAAUGCAGGAUAAAAAGAAACCUAAUGUAUCUCAGUGUUAGUUUAUGUUAAUAACAUUGACCAGUUAACAAUGUUAUUUUACAUAUAUAAUAGACUAUAUAUACAA